UCAUGUUAAAAGCUUUAAUGAAUUGUAAAUUUUAGUCAUGCAUUUACAAACCAUGUUAAUUUUAAUAGGAUGCCUAUGUGUUUUCUAAUUAUAAAUGUAAACAAGAAAUUAGGAUUUCGGCAAAAUGAAUAAUUAUAAGACAAAAUUAAACUACGAUAGCCCGUGCGAUUCGGAUAACGACUGGACUUCUUCAGAUGAUUCCAAAUAUUCUGAUACCGACAGUUCUGUUCCUGAGUGGGACUCGGAUGUUGGCGAAGAUGGAGAGCUUGUUUACAUUAAAGUUAAAGCCUGCGAUGAUGCUGUGGACGAUUCGAAAGCUCCGCUUCUGGAAAACUGUGAAGCGUUUAAACGAAGAAAUAAUUUUAAGAGAACCUCGACAAGACGUUCAACUAAAGGCAGAAUAUUCAAAGUUCUAAAAAGUCAUAAAUCAAAACAGCUGGAUGUGUUUGGCCGAAAGAAAUCAGAUGACCAGGGAGCUGCUGCUCUUUCUGGCAUUCUGAAGAAAACAUCUCUUGAGGAUAACAAAAUUGUUAUACAGGUUAGCAAAAACAUGAUGUUCAACAGUGAAAAGAAUUGUCAAAUAGAAAAAAUGUUUGGCAUCAGUCUAGAAACUAACACAGGAAAUAAUCUCAUAGUGGCUGAUUUUCUUCCUGAAGCCCGGGCUAUAUAUUCUCAGAAAGUAAAAAAAGGAUAUUACUUGCAAAAGAUAAAUAAUAUUGAUGUUAAUUCAUACAAUAUAAACAGGAUUCUUCAAGUGGUCGCUGAUGAUUAUGAUAAUCCAAAACUUCAGUUCCAAGCAGCUGAAGGGGCCUUGUUUGAUAUAGAAAAGCUCCUUACAACAAAGCAAGCUCCGGAGAAUUCUCUAACACAAUUAUUGAAAGACUCUAACUGUUCAGUCUUAUACAUAUGCUGUAAUGACAUAGAAUAUCAUAGCAAUGAUGAUAAGGGAGUCCUAUAUUGUUACCCGAGACCAUUUAGUCAAAAUUUCCUUUACAAUACCAGAGGUGCAUAUGUAACUUUAAAUCAUUUAGCUCCAAAAUCAUUAGGUACAAGUCAGCCUAUAACUUCAACUGUAUUACAUAAUAGUACUUUAAUAAAUAUUGCCUACAUGUCACAUUAUAGUGAUUUAUUAUUAGUUGCAUUUCCGAAUAAAGAAGUUGACUUAUUCGCCGCUAAGAGAGUAAUUAUACAGAUAACAAGGAUUUUAGAAUUUCUUUACGGGUCUUUAAAGACAUGUUUUACUAAACCUAAUAAUGUUGAUAAGCUGGACAGCUUAUUUUCUCGCGUAUUUAUUAGUUUGUUGUUUAGUAAUAUGGAUAAAGAUACAGAUAAGAGAAAUGGGUUGUAUGUGGAAGAUGUUUUGGCAGCGCAUAGUAUUACGUUGCCUUUAGAAGUAAGGAUACAAGUAGACGACGCCAUGACGGAGCUUCAGGCGGCGGAUUACAGGGAAUGGACUGACGACAUUGAAAACUUUCAAAGGCUGUACACAGUGAUUGGAACUUGUUUAUAUUAUUCUGGACAUUUACUAAGUUCCCACGUACAAGAUGAAGAUUUGUUCGAAAUCAAUGCAUUUUUGAAACUCAACGGUAUCUUGAAAUUGAGCGCGGAAAAGGAAUUGGAAAAACUGGUCAUUUGGAAGGAAGUAUAUAUCCAUGAACAUAGGAAGCAGAACAAAAAUGAUAGCAAUGAAUAUAGAAUUCCAGACGGACGCUGGUUCCUGCUCGUGGCCGGAAAGGGACAUUUCAUCCUGGCCACGCUGAUGGAGGCUGGAGGAUGUACCGAAGAUGCAAUAGGCAUCACCCCGCCAUCUCCUUUCUAUGUAGAAGAAUGUGAGAGCUGUAUUGAACUCCUAUACGAUGUAGGACUCGACAAGUACCUCUCUACGUGGAUACGGUCCAAUACACAGCCGCAACUGGAAUGCUCACCGGAGCGCUUGACCAAGCUGGGGAAGAAGAUGAAUCAAAAAUCCGACGGCACUCUAAAACCCUCAACUCUCAAGCUCCCAAAUCGUCGUCGCCACAACUCCACUGAGCAGAUAAACGUGUCCAGCGACUCCGUCAACUAUGGCAGCCAUCACAGUUUGUACUCCCAGUGGUACAACGGGAAACGCCAUGCCAGCAACUUGGACGUCAGUUAUUCUGAGGACUCCAACAGUUUGAAGAGCAAUAGUGAAAAGAGCGAAGAGCGUGUACAAGGUAGAAGGGCCGAUAGAGAAAGAAAUCGCCGGGAUUCUUCGGGCUCUGAUUCUGAUUGGGACAGACAGGACGGCAGCAGAGCUAGCGGCAGCAUUGAUGCGUCCGACAUUAGGAAAUCCUUGCUCAAUGAAAUUGAUCAUGUCACUGUUCACAGAAUAACGGCAGGCGACGAAAACGUGUUAUUCCAUUUCCUACAAUUAGAAUCCGCGAAGGGCGUCCUAAUAGCACCAGUGAAAAGUAUAGAGGUGCAAGCCAACAAUGCGCUGUACACACACAUUGUACGGACUUUUCGGGCCGCGAGCAAACGGAUACAUGAGCUGUUGCAGCAUAGUGUGCGCUUCAAAAGAAACUACAUGCCUUCAAACCCCAACAAAGUGUUAGUCGCCGUGAAGGAAUACGCAAUGCUGUUUCGCGCGCCCCCCGCAACGCUAUAUCAGUGCGGCAUCAGGAACGAGUCCUUUCACUUCUGGGUUGUCGGGCGUAUAUUCAGUGAACCUGAGCCCCGCGAGCUGUAUGUCUGCUACCACGAAUCCGUACCGCAGGACCUCACCGAGAUAUCAUAUUUACUCUCCUACUUGGAAUAAUGUUAUAACUAUGGAAAAUAGAGGUAUAAGGCAUACAAUCUCCAUAGACAGAACUGUUACAAAAGUGUCCAGCUGUCAGCUAUAAAUAAUAUUUCCAAAUCUCUCCAGAGUAGCGCUAGAGUAGUUAAGAACGUAGGCGUAUUGACGGAGUGAAGUGCGCUGUCUAUGAUUUGAAUUUUUUUUCAAGUAUUCUAGGUAUUGUAGCGCCACCUAUUUAAGGUUUUUCGACGGACACUCUUUGGUACAUGGAGAUUCUACUCCUUGCCUCUACCUUCCAUAGUUAUAACGUUACGAAUGUCACGAUAAAAAAAUACGCAUUGUAUAAUACCGCAAUCAGACAGACCAGGUCGUUCUACAGGUUGGUCGCUGAAUGAAAAUGAUUGACAAGAAAUUACAAUAUGGCGGACGAAUGUUUGAUAUGUCACCGUAUUUAAGAAUUAUUUCCCUAAAAAUUUAGUUUUUUCUUCGCUAGUGUGAUGAAAAACAUUGUGUAAGAAUCUGGGGGUAAGAAUAUUGCAAACUCGGGUCUUUAAUUCCCUCCAGCCUGCUCCAGAUCGCUUCCAAAUUCCCACGUACGUUGCACAAUGUACUAAAUAUAUGUAAUGUGAGUGUGAUGUGGCUAAAACAAUGCAUUUACACGCUUGUUGGAAAGGCCAUGAAAAACCUAUAGAUUUUUUUUUAAAUAAGCAGAGGUAUUACGAAAUAUACAGGCUGUUUUUUAUUAUUUAAUAUUUGACCUUGCCCGCACUUUAAGCAGCGCGGGCCCAUUUUAUUUUAUAAUUUCACAGGUGUAAACUGGCAACAUCGAUGCGUUUGACGCUUGCUUGAUCAAUCAUGAGAGGCCCUUUGAUCGGUGUUGCUGAGUUUCGAGUAGUAAAAUUAAAACAUAGCUUAAUAAAAAAAAUAAAGACAUUAGAAUUCAGACAUGUCACAUUUCUAUUUUUAUUAACACGAAGGAGAAAAAUGACCACAGUGACUACUAUAGUUUGGCGAGCCAUAACCGUCAGUAGAAAAAGGCGCCAAAUUUAAAAAAAAUCGCCGCGAUGGGUGUACCUCUAUUGAAAAUUAUAAUUUCGCACCUUUGACAAGGUGGGUUUGCCAGAGUAUAUCACUUACGUGUGGACCAUGUUAGCUAUAGUGUUUUAUACAGUCGUGAUAUAAUAGCUUUUCAGUCGAGUUGCUGAAUUGCCUAAGUAAGGUACAAGAUUGAAAAGCUUGAUUAUAUCACUGUUGUAUGCAAUAUUUUUUCUACACGUCAUCUAGAAUAGUACUUAUUGACUAUAAAACCUAAAUAAUUAAUCAAAAUUUUGUUAUUGUCUCAGUAGACAAAAAUGUAGUACAAAAGACAUAAACGCGCGACUAUUUGUCGCUCGUUUAGUCUUUUCUAUGAGAGUACGCCGGCGGCACGUUAUUGGUAUUUUUUAUUAUUUUUUGUUGACUACAGCGUAUAGAAAUGAAUAUUAUAGUCGAUGAGUAGAAAAGUAUAGUUUUUAAUUUUAAUAGUUAUACUUAAUAUCUUCCAUCCCGAGCUUUAAUAAUGUAUGUUCUUCCAUCCAAUAUGAACUAAAAUGUGUUGUGAGACAGUUUUUUUAUGAGUAUAUUUACAUUUAUCAAGA